CCGCCAACCACGGCCGCCGCUUCGUGCUCCUCAGUUGCCUCGCAGAUGCCCCCCUGUUUUUCGCGCAACUUUUUUUCGCACCCCGUUCCAUCGCGACGCAGCCAACUGACCUGAAGGAGCCAAGAAAACAACCCCCAAGCUACCCCUAAAGCUUGGGAAACCCUCCAAAAUUCCUCCGAUCGCUACGUUAGCCCAAGUUGGUGCCUCGUCCCCCGUUCCCAGUGUCCCCGAAUUCGUGUGUGUGUUGCCUCUCGCGUCGAUAGAUCGUAUCAACAUCAAUGGAUUGAUCUCUGGCAAAAAAUCCACAAGGCCGCAGGAAUCAGGUGUAAAUAAAGUUUGUGUCAUCUGCGGGACUAAGUGCGCGAACUACAGAAUCCGAGUGCGUUUCGGAAGUAAAAAUUCGAGUGAUUUGCAUCGUGCACACCUAUUUUGUUUUUGUUUUCCCCGUACUUUUUUGACUCGUAGUUUAAUUCUCUGUCUACUUUGCGGGCAUCACUACCAAUAGUGCAUCGCUGAACUCAUUUCUGUGGUAUGCCAGGAUAAUGCGUGGUCCACAAGGUAUACUCGGGUUUUAACGAAGUGUGCCUGUUCUCGCGCGUGCCUCGCAAAAUCCAUCGUGAUGCGACCUCUAGACGAUCUAAGAACCCACGCUCCAAAAUGAUGUCCUGACAAUGACUGCCGGGGCAGGAGGAUGAAUGCUCCGGAUGACGACUUCAACGAGAAUAGCAGUAGCAGUCUCAUCAGCCGAGAGCGGCGGGAACGCGAGCGCUUCUGCUCCCACUUGCACCCGUACACCUGCUCGAUCCGGCCCCUGAACCGGCACCAUGCCCAGACCUGCUACAUAUGUCCGGGGGACUCAGGUCCCGGGUUCCCGACGGACGCCCAACCCAACCAGCGCUGUCCCAAAUGCUGCUACAGCCUCAACCACUCCCACUCGCACAACCUAGCGGAGCGCUACAGCAGCCACAACCAUGGCCACGCGCCUAGCAAUGGAUACAUCUCACCGAGUUGCGGCUACUCCAACCCCAACGACCGCUUCGCCUACGCCGAGCUUGGACCCGUUCCCAAAGAUCUCGCCUGCGAGCGCUACAUUCCAUCCCCCGCGCCCUCCGCAGCCUCCGAGCGCUACCUCCCACCGCCCGAUCGUUUCCUGACCCCGAGCCCUUCGACCUCCCACCCCUCGCCGCCGUCGAACGAUCGCUUCCAUGCUCCGACCUCGACGCAAUCGGACCGCUACAUCCCACCUCCAGCACCCGCCCCAUCGGACGUGUACAUCACACCCUUGUCCCCUUCAGUCUCGGACCGGUACCUAGUCUCGCAGGUCCAAGCGGAGCGCUAUGAUCGUUUCUUGUCGUCGGACCGGUUCCUCGGCGAACUCCUCGUUCCCAGCGAACAGUUGGGCUACGACAAGUAUGAUCGGUACGCGGAGAGAGACCGCGAGCGUCUCUUGCCGGGGGCGGCGGGUGGGACCCAGGCGGGGCUCGUCGGCGGACCCGGGGACCCGUACAUGCGGCGCGACCUCGGCUACCACCACCACUACCGGCUGUCGAAUCAUAUUCAAAGCACCGGGCAUUUCAGGAACAUGCCGAGCAUGAACAGGUCGGCCUUCAUCCACACGCUCCACCAUUUGCCGAGCCACCACCAGCGAAACGCGCGCAGCCAGUCGCAGGGGAAAGCUCAGUACCUGGAAGGAGUGGUCUCUGCCUCGGGGUCGGUUUCGUCUACCGCCUCGAUGCGUCGCCCCAGCUCGCGAAUCCCGAGUCUGCCCCUGCCAUUACCUCUGCCGGCAGCCAGUCCGGCGCCGCUACCAGCACUGCCCUCCGCCGAGUAUGCUUGCGCGAGUGGGAAUCGUUACCCCUCAAUCAUGCCACCACUAGCUCGCUGUUCCAGCGCCAGUGAUGUACAAAUAGAUAAGAAAAUGUGCCUCAACCCGGCUGCGACCGAUGUAGGUGGCGGCUCUUGUUCUGGCAUCACGGUGCCACCGUUUAGGAGAUUGUCGGCCACCCCCGUCACCAGCAGCACAUCCCCAAUGCAACACAACAGCUCCAUUUCCUGGAGGUCGGUUUCGUCAUCAUCAUCAUCGGCCUCUCCAACGCCGCCUCAGGAAUCCGCAUCAACUUCAUCAACGUCCAUAUCUCCUCCGUCGCCGCCUUCACCGCCAUCUCCUCAAAAAUCAAGCAGGAGCCUUAAUGGUGACCAUCUAUCAACAUCAGCAGCCAUGCAGCGAUCAGCUUCAGUACCAGCCUCUGGAAACCACAGUCCAACGCUGACAAAGACUCAAGGGUCAGAACUUCCAGAGCAGCGAGGCAAUGAAAAACUGGAUGAGAAUGAGGAGUCGUCACAGACAACAGCAUCAUUGCCAACAGAACCUUCUAUGUCGCAGUACCGAACCUCUCUUCAACACCAAGCUUCGGUGCCUGUCACUCAGGCAGAGGUGGCUGCUGCCUCCAAUCGUAAUUACCAUAGGAGCACAUCAAAAACAGAUGCUCUCAAAAAGUUCAUCAAAAAGGAAACGGCAAUUUUUUUUGGAGUGGAAGAACAAUCGCAAGAAAGCGAAAGAUUGCGGUGGCUUGAUAGGAGGAAAAGACUUGCUGCCAGAAAGUAUGGUCAACUUCGUUCAGAAUAUCAGCCAUCAAACAUCUCAGUUGCAAGGCCGGAUGUAUUAUUGGCUGGAACAGGGGAACAAUUUAAUGAGAAUGAUACUGUCGAUGCCAACAAUCUAGGAAGUACAACAUUGCGGCGAAAGCCCUCUGUUGCAAAAUUAACUUUUAAUGGUGUAGCAUAUGUAGUUUCAACCCUAAACAGGCAAAGAAGGAAAGCAAGUGGUAGCUCUACGACUGAGCAAACUUCCACUCAUACAUCUCCAACAUCACCUGGGCCUCACUCACCCUCAUCAGUUAAUGACGAGAUUUUCUUCAAUAAAAAAUCUCCUCUCGACUCAACUCAUGGAUCAACAGAACCCAUAGUUCCAGAUACAGUCGAUUCAUCUAGUUACAACAAUAAAACUAAGCAAGGACAACAAAAAUCACCUAUAUUCCACCAUCCUGCAAAAACUAAACGAAGGUUGCCUGUAGUCAAGUGGAAGAAGUCCAUGGAAGACGAAAACGAGGACCGAGAGAAAGUGGAUGGUGUUUGGGGCCAAGUUCUUGACAAAGCACUAGAGACAUCUGGGAAACGACAAUACGGAAUGGGCGUUGUGGGGCAUUUUUUUGGGCACUCCUUAAAAAGAACAGUGAUAAAUCGACAUAGUAUUAGAGAACAGCUGGAUGAUCUUGAUGACCACCGACCUUUUUUUACCUACUGGGUUACCACCGUCCAAAUCAUCAUCCUAUUCCUUUCCAUAUUUUGUUAUGGUCUGGGCCCGAUUGGCAUCGACAUCGCACAUCGCUCAAGCCAGGUGCUAGUCACAAGUCUAUCACUACAACAAGUAGAGUUUGUGGAACCUGCCAAUUUCUGGAUCGGACCAAGAGCGGCUGAUCUUAUACACAUGGGAGCCAAGUUUGCUCCAUGCAUGCGGAAAGAUGCCAAAAUCCUGAAAGACAUCGAGAAAAGAAGGGAAAAAGAGAGAGAUACUGCAUGCUGUAUUCACAAUGAUGACUCAGGCUGUGUCCAGUCCUCGCGUAGUGAUUGUUCAUUUCUAAUACCCUCACGCAAUUCUCUAAUUUCUGGAUCGGAACCAAUGAGCACCAUCUCAACAUGGAAAAAAUGGUCCAGCAAUGAGACAGGCCCAAACGGACGACUAUCAGGGUCAGUCUGCGGUUUAGAUCCUAAGUACUGUGAGGCCCCAGCAUCUAUUGCACCAUAUGAGUGGCCAGAUGAUAUUACUAAAUGGCCUAUUUGCCGUAAAACAACACAACAUCACUCUCAUUAUCACCACAUGGACUUGGCAAACUUGGCGAACAAGGACAAAAUGACAGCUGAGCACAUGAUUUGUGAAAUCAUUGGCCACCCUUGUUGCAUUGGCAUCCAUGGCAUGUGCCGCAUCACCACCCGGGAAUAUUGCGAUUUUGUUCAUGGCUACUUCCAUGAUGAUGCCUCUCUAUGUUCUCAGGUGUCAUGUUUAGACAACGUGUGUGGAAUGAUGCCAUUCUUUUUCCCCGAAGUUCCUGAUCAGUUUUAUAGGCUAUGGACUUCUUUAUUUUUACAUGCUGGUGUGAUGCAUUUAGCCAUUACUGUAGUAGUACAAUACUUCCUCAUGAGAGAUUUGGAGAAACUUACUGGUGCUUUGCGAAUUGCCAUAAUCUAUAUAGGCUCAGGUGUUGGGGGCAAUUUAGCAAGUGCCAUCUUUGUCCCAUAUCGAGCAGAUGUGGGACCUGCAGGCGCUCAAUUUGGUCUUCUUGCAUGCCUGAUAGUAGAAGUUCUCAAUAGUUGGCCAAUGCUACGUAGCCCCGAACAGGCGCUCAUGAAAUUAUUGGCCAUCACAUUAAUCCUUUUCAUCUUUGGACUGCUUCCAUGGGUUGAUAACUUUGCACAUCUGUUCGGUUUUGCGUUUGGUUUUCUUCUUUCAUACGCUCUUCUUCCUUUUCUAUCAUUUGGCCCGUAUGACCGUCAUAAGAAAAUCUUCCUCAUCUGGGUCUGCCUCCUCUCCUGCCUCUCUCUCUUCAUCUUGCUUGUUCUUCUCUUUUAUUUUAUUCCUGUUUACGACUGCGAGCUCUGCUCUUACUUAAAUUGCCUACCACUCACAAGGGAUUUCUGCGCAUCCCAAAAUAUAAAUCUUAAGCAAGAAGACCACCUGGUAUGACAUAUGUGUAGCCUACGGUCCAUCCGGGCCGUAAGCCUGCAAAGCAAAUGCUUUUUGUCUGCCUGAAGAGUUUUAAAAAGUUGACCUUUGAUUGGGCUCAGUUUCAUAGUGCUGUGACUUCGAGUUCAGUUUUCAUGUCUUGAUGUUUCUUGUUAUCAUUAUUUAUUUCUCUUGGAGGCUUGAAAUCUGACAUCAGAAAAACCUAAGCUAAUUCAAAUAUGUGCAUUAUUCAAACGCAUCCUAGAAAAGUUUAUGUAAUACCAAAAUUCCCUAAUUUUUGAUAAAGUGCCUGUGACAGUGUGUGACUAUUUCUGCCUUUGCUGGUUGAGACAAUUGUUGCCAGUACAAACAUAUUAUCAUUCAUUUUUUCAUUUUGGAGAGUACUGAAAUCAAUUUUUUCAAUCAUUUUCUGAAAGGUUUUGAUCAAGAGCUGAUCACCUGUGGUGAGAAUGAGCAGAGUUGGAACUGUUAGGUGGAUUCUCCUUAAAUAGCAGAAUGUCUCUUUGUGGGAUGGAAAAUGGGCAGUCAUUACCUGCCAGCGGUUUCUAUCUUUGCUGCAUUAAAUAAAUUAAGUUUAUGCAUCAGAGGUGCAUUUUUAUGUUAAGUUGUACUAUGCUUUAAUCUUUGAUAGUCGGAUAUUUUGUUUUAAUGGUCUGUCAGUUGAGCUGGUUUAUUAUUUAUUCAAGAGUAUUAGAGAAAACAUAAGAUAUGCCAUAGCCACUACAAAUCAAAGCCACUGUCUGACACCUCAGGAAGCUGAGUUUUUGUCAAGAUAAUUCAGUGUACUAAGUUAAUUCAGUCAAACUAACUAUCUUAAAUAAUCAUCAAUUAAUCUCAAAAUCCUCUGAAAAUGUAUUCUCAUUGAUUUCAUGAGCAAAUCGUACUUCCAUAAUAGGCCAACAAAAACUUACAUGCUUAUCUUUUGUCACUGCACACCUACAAUUUAAUUGCACCACAGAGUUGGCCCAACACAGUUCCAUAGCUUGGUGCACGCAGUGGGGAAAUGUAGCAAUGAAGAUAAUACCUACUCGCCUACCAGUGAGGUGAAAAAUAGAGCCAGGAAUUUCCGAGAAACUGAGCAUGCAAUCGUUGAUACCCUUUUUUCCAAUUUCUUCUUUGAACAUUCCAUUACCAACCAAAUGGUUGAAAUUUGGGAAGACUUCUAAAUUAUGCAUUGUCAUUUUUUUACUUUUUAAUUGAUCUCUUGAUUUGUGAUAGUAUAGGGUAUUAGUACCAGGGAGCAAUGUGGUAGCUAAAUGGUAAAAAUAUUCUGUAUUUAUGGAGAGUUUUUAAAUCAAGGUUUUUUUAUUCACAGAUCAGUUGUCCCCCCCCCCCCC